AUGUCUACUCCAGCUCGUAGGCGUUUGAUGAGAGAUUUUAAAAGACUUCAAGAAGAUCCACCUACAGGUGUGAGUGGGGCUCCAACAGAUAACAAUAUUAUGAUUUGGAAUGCUGUGAUAUUUGGGCCGCAUGAUACUCCUUUCGAAGAUGGAACAUUCAAAUUAACCAUAGAGUUUACAGAAGAGUAUCCUAACAAACCACCAACAGUUCGAUUUGUUUCAAAAAUGUUUCAUCCAAAUGUAUAUGCCGAUGGUGGAAUAUGUUUAGAUAUUCUUCAAAAUAGAUGGAGUCCAACUUAUGAUGUCUCUGCUAUUUUAACUUCCAUUCAAUCUCUUCUCGAUGAGCCGAAUCCAAAUUCUCCAGCAAAUUCAUUGGCCGCUCAAUUGUAUCAGGAAAACAAGAGAGAAUAUGAAAAACGUGUUGCUACCAUAGUCGAGCAGUCGUGGAUCAAUUAUCAAGAUGCUAUCGAACCCCAUUAG